AUGGCAAGAAACCACACAUUCAGUGGGGCCUUCCAAACUUGUCUGUACCUAGUUUAUAUAUUCCUCCAAUUCAAAACGACCUUGUCAGCUGUUGAAAAGGAACCAAUUCUCUCCCUGUGGGGAAAGAUUGCUGACCAGGCUGAUAAGAUUGGAGCAAAAGCCUUACACAGGCUGAUUUUGUGCUACCCUCAGACAAAGCUCUACUUCAAGAAUCUUGACCUGAGCCAUGGUUCCCAGGAUCUCCGCACUAUUGGUGGACAAAUUAUGAAUGCCAUUGGAAAUGCUGCUGGUCACUUGGAUAACCUUAGCGGUGCACAGUCUGCCCUUGAUGACCUCCAUUCAUUUGAAUUGAUGGCUAAUCCUGGCAAUUUCUGGAUGUUUCUGAGCUUCCCUCAGACCAAGACCUGCUUCAGCCAUCUUGAUUUGAGCACUGGUUCCCAAUACCUCCUCACGCAUGGUGGAAAAGUUGUGAAUGCCAUUGGAAAUGCUGCCAGUCUCUUAGAUGAUCUUUGCAGUGCUCUGUCUGCCCUCAGUAACCUCUACGCCCACCAACUGAUAGUUGACCAUGGCAACUUUCUUAUGAUCACUGUACAAUAA